AGCGUCAUUGACCUUGCAAUUACUACCCCGCCGGACCUCGCGCACGCAGAGCACGGCGCCGGCAGAGGCGGGUGCUGUUGCGGGUGCAAACUUUCUUCCUGGACCAGUGCUUUUCUCUCAGGAGCAUGAAGAACACACUGCGAUGGUCAAUUCGAGGUACGGCUUCGCCUCAUGUACCUGAGCUCAGGUGUCCCCGCGUGGCUCGACAACGGGGGACCACAACCGUAUCAUGCAUCUCGAUUCCCCACGUCCUGGAGACCAGCCUAGUGAAAUGUGCUCGGCGCGUCCCUUCAAGCUUCAGAUCUCAGAAGAAACCUCCACACUCUUUUAACAGACACUGCGUGUCCCACAAACAUCGUCGGACAGGAUCCACUCUCAUUUGACGGUCGACAUAUUCCCGACCCGCCUGUGAAUCGAGCCCUCGUCUGCGCGGUGCAAGCAGAGCGAAAAGGCCAUGACGCAGCCGUCCAUUAUCAGCGUCAACCUGGUCACCGUAGCUGUGGAGAGCUUGCUAUAUGGUGUCUUCCUCGCUCUGACCUCGGCUUCGUUCUACAUCCUCAUCAAUCGCGCACUGAGUCAACCGUCAAGCCAUGGGAGGUCGCGUCUGGCGUCCUUCUUGACCCCGGUGAUGUUUGGUUCCAUAGCUAUCACCGUCACUGUCACCGCUCAUUGGGUCAUGACCGUCAUUCGCCUCUUCGACGCCUUCGUACAUUUCGAGGAGGGGCAAGCAGCAUUGCUCUACUACUCGGAUCUCGCUCUCACCACAGAGAUUGUCAAGACUGCGUUUAUCAUCGCCACGGUCAUCAUAUCCGACAUCCUCUUGGUUUACCGGCUAUGGAUAGUCUGGGGACAUAAUUACUUCGUCAUUAUAAUUCCCAGUUUAACCGUGGUUGGCUUGUCAAUCGCAGGUCCUGGUGUGGUAUACCAACUCUCACAGCUCAAUGCGGGUAGCUCGGUGUUCGUCACAGAUGUUAACCGCUGGAUCUCCGCAGACUACUCGUGCACUUUCGUCACUAACGUCUACAGCACGUUCGGGAUUGCCUGGAAAGUGUGGCGCGUACGUCAACCUCAGGGUAGCAGGUCGUAUGGCGGUGGGAACCUCCAACGAGUACUCGCAAUGAUGGUAGAAAGUGCUGCUCUCUACACAUCAUACGCCAUCUUCUUCUUCGUCGCCUACCAAGUCAACAGCAACAUACAGUUCACCGCAAUCGACUCGCUCUGCCCCAUCGCCGGGAUCGCCUUCACGAUGAUCAACGUCCGCGUGGGUCUCGGAUGGGCCCAGCGGGCACACCAAUCCUCGCAGAUCUCUUCGUCCGGGAUUGGGUCGAGACGCGCCGCCGAGCAGUCCUUCGCCAUGCGCCCCGUCGCGGUCGACAUCACACACGUCGUGCACAGGGAGGACGAUCUGGGACAGUCUGUCAAAAUUGGGGCGGACGACUAUCCCGUCUGAGCGAAUGUUGUACUUCGAAUCCGUUUUACAUCGGCAUUCCUGCGGAUUAAUUGGGGACCUUGGUACCUAGUAUUGUAUGUAUGUACGUUGUCUGUGCCCAUAGUAC